GAUGAGUGAAUAGAUAGUCUAUAUUGAGGACUUUGCUAUCGAUACCUGUAAUUUAUUAGGUUAAGGAGCAUGUGGCAAAGUCUUUGCUGCAUCCAGAAAAAAUGAUAAUAGAUAAUUUUGUGCCAAAGUAUAAUAAUAAUAAUAUUAAUUUUUAGAUUGUGACUGCAAAUUCCACAAAUGUCUAAAAAGAAUUAGAUAUUUUGAAUUUUAUGAAAGACAAGCAAAAUGAGAAUAUUGUAAAUGUGUUCUACAGUAAUUUCGUUCCAGAGAGAAAAUUUUUUGUUAUUAUAAUGGAAAAAUGUGAGUCAGACUUAGAAAAAGAAAUUAAAGCUAGACAACAAUAAUAACUUAGGUAUACAGAACAAGAAGCUUUUGAAAUAAUGAAACAAUUAUUCAAUGGAUAUAGAGUACUUUAUUAAAGUCAGGUUAUCCAUAGAGAUAUAAAACCUGCCAAUAUUUUGACAUAGCAAGGAAAAUAUAAGGUAAUUAUUAUGGAUAUAUUUAGAUUGCUGAUUUUGGAGUAGGUAAGAUUUAUUCAGCAGAUUCGAAUUUAUUAAACAUCACAAAAAAUGGUACACCAGUAUAUAAAGCACCAGAAUUAUAACCCAACUAUGAAUAUUCUCCAAGUAUGAUUUAAGUUUAACUUUAAUUUAGCCGACAUGAUGUAUAUUCAAGGAAAUCAACCAAGAUUUUCAACUAAUACAGGUUAAAAUUCAAAUUUUAAUUUACAAUAGGUAAUAAUAUUAAUAAUGUAGACAACUCCAUUUAAAGGUGCAUUUGAUGACAAAGAUAAAAAAUAAAAACUAAUGCACAAAGUCGAUAUUUAUUCAGUAUAUAUCUUACAUAAAUAUUUAAGUUUGGGAUUCUAUAUUAUCAUCUUUUAACAGGUUAAUAUCCUUUUGAUUUAUCAAUUGCUGGAAUCAUGAAUUUUACUUAAAGAUUAAAAACUAUGCCUUUUAAAAUACCUCCUUAAUUUAAUUUAAGUCCAAAUACUUGUUAAAUGGUGGAAAGAAUGAUUACUUAUUCUCCAGUUGAAAGAAUUGAUUUCCCAGCACUUAGUCAAUGGUUUGGACUAAGACUUGGAACUAUGUACAAUAGAGAUAAUGCUAUAAUGCUUCCUGUAAGGCCAGCUACUAUUGCAUAUGUUGCUUCAAAGAUCGUAAUGAUUUUACCUUAAAAAUCUGUCCAAGAUUGGUUUUAAUAAUAUAGAACUUUGUUUGUAGAAAAAUGGUAUUAUAAAUAAUAUUAUUAUAAUAGUUGUGAAAAUAAUCAAAUCAUUCCAAUAUAUAGAAAUUAUUGUGAUUUAUGUUUGAAUUUGGCCAUUUUGUAAUUUGAAUAACAAAUAAAUAUAGAUUAAAUAAAUGAUUAUAUAGCAAAGUAUUAAUAAGCAAACAAAUGUGAUAUUUAAUUUAAAAUAGAAGCUAAAUUGGAUAAAACCUAUUAUAUUUUAGAAUAUUGUAGAAUUUUAUAAAGCUAAUUUAUACCUAAAUUUUUUGAUUAUGAAUAAAUUAAAACUUAUGGAGAAUAACAUUUAAAGUUUAUGUUUAUUUCUCAUAAAUUAAACAAAGGACUUUAUUAUAUUUAAGAAUUAUUAGGAGCAUAAAUACCAAAUUAUAAUGGAUUUAAAGAGCUAAUCUCAAAAGAUAAUGGUUUAACUAAAGAAUAAUACAAAUAAUAUUUAGAUGAAUAAUUUUGA